UCUAUGUCGGCGAAUAGCACACCCGAGACACUCGCGAGCACACGCAUCUCCGAAGUACCGGAACAAAUGCGUGAAGACGUGGAAGAUAAUUUGUUUUUCGCUGCCCUCCACUCGGGCGUAUCGCGAGAUACCACGGCAGCACAAGCCACGGUCUGUAUCGAUAAAGUGUUCGAUAAGAUCGAUACGCAUGUAGGCAGCACCAAGGGGAAGGCUAUGUUGGCAUCUAGUCUAUCUAAGUCUAGUCUGAAUAGAAAUCAGCGAGCAAAGUCUACCGGGUCUAUGGUCAUGACCAGCGCCAUUGACAGUACACCUGAAGAUGCGGAGGGUGGGGCUCAGUCGCCACACCUACCCCAGCCAGACGAUGGCGGGUGUGAUAGCUUCCACGAGUGUGUGAAUAUGAUGGCCCAAUACGAUACGACGUGA